UGAGUGUUGGUAGCAGGGGCGGACUGACAACUCAUGGGGCCCCCGGGCAAUAGGGGAUCAUGGGGCCCCUGUGUCCUUGCCAAAACUCAAAAAAGCCUAUGAAAAAUGUACCAGGGGCAUCUCAUGGGGCCCCCUACCGACCCUGGGCCCUCGGGCAGUGCCCGAGUUUCCAAAUGGUCAGUCCACCCCUGGUUGGUAGGGACACAGGGGCCCCAGGAUCCCCUAGUGCCCGGGGGCCCCAUGAGUUGUCAGUCUGCCCCUGCUCUGGAGCAAAUGCCCUUGUAAAGUGCACAUUUUCCACGCAAUGAUUUAUUUUAUUUAUUUAUUUCAG